GUACUCGAUUUGCACCCCAACCUGCAUGGGCAACACUGUGACUUUGAAGGGCAGGAGUCCGAAAGCCAAGACGAAGGCAGAACGGAAGGCUGCAGAGACUGCAGAACUUGAGAGACGCAAGGCUCUCAGAGCUCAAAGAGAGUUCGAAGCUUUUGGAGCGGAACGCGAACAGAGACCAGGAGCUUUAUCUGUAUACGAAGUCUGGUGGUGUCAACAGUAUCAAUGGCUAAAGGCUCAUGGGUACUUACUUCGUCCUCGAUACGCACCGGAAUGGGUACCAUCAUGGGAGAGUUCACAGCGCCACCCAUUUACUUGUGAAGAUGGUCACAUUUCCCCAUUUCCUCAGAUCAUUGACGCGACUCGCAUGUCUGAUGACUUGUACAUUUCGCUCAAAGUUGUUGACAAAUCGGUACACCCUCACGAGGUAGAUAUCGGGCAAUAUUUUAUGAUGGAGCACCUUGCCUCCGAUCCCAAGAAUCACUGCGUUCCAUUUCUCGAUGUAUUAUCAGUGCCGAACGAAGAAGAGAAACAAAUAAUCGUAAUGCCUCUGUUGCUUGAUUUUACGAUGCCGCGAUUCGACACCGUCGGCGAGGUGGUGGAAUGCCUUAGACAGUUAUUUGAAGGCUUGUUGUUCAUGCACACUAAUCACAUAGCGCACCGCGACUGCAUGUCGAGAAAUAUCAUGAUGGAUGCAAAAGAUCUCUACCCUGAAUCGUAUCACCCUGCUCAGCCUCACAUGAAGCGUGACUUCAGUGGCUAUGCGAACCAUCUCACUCGCACUCAGCGGCCGCCAAAAUACUACCUAAUUGAUUUCGGCUUAUCACGCCAGUACGAUGCCACCGAGAAAAACCCACUGGAGUACCCGAUAUUUGGGGGCGACAAAUCAGUGCCAGAAUUUCAGAAGAAUAUCAACGUUCCAAUGAAUCCUUUCCCCACCGACAUCUAUUAUCUCGGAAACGUCAUCAGAGAACAGUUCUUGUAUGCCAGAUCGGGGCUUGGGUUCUUGAAACCUCUCGUUGAUGACAUGGUGCAGGAUGAUCCCAGCAGGAGACCUACCAUGGAUGCGGUAGCCAGGCGAUUUGAUUCGAUUCGUCAAAAACUUAGCACAUGGAAACUGCGUUCCCGUAUCAUCUCCGUGGAGGACGGCCUUCUGGAAAACAUGUAUUAUGGAACCGCACACUGGCGGCGGCGCAUAGGCUUUAUAGUCAGGCGUGUUUCAGCUAUACCUCGUCCUCCUGAUUAAAACAGGCCUCGUGCGAUGCGUACAGUAUUAGAUACCAUGUGAGUCUCAAGGUUCAAUGCAAAACACUCUGGGCCAAGGAUAUGGGAUGAAGUCCUGGCCAAGAUCUACCUGUCAGAUGGUUGGUUGUUCCUACAUGAUUGUAUAAUAGGUGUCACUCUUCACUGUCAUUCUCGACGUAUUUUAACAGAACUAUUAUACUUGGCAAGUAAGGUUGCGAACCACGAGCGAGC